GUUUACAGUUUCUUCAGUGCAGCCAAAGUGAAACACGGAAAGCUACGGAGCGCACGAGGUAGCAUUAGCUCAUCUCAGAAGGUAGUUUGAAAACAGGUUUGGUGAUUUCGGUAAAUAUUUCCGUGUUUUCGGUAAAUAUUUCUUCAGUUCAGCCUCAGAGAGAGUUUAUCAACGAGCAGGUAACUCCUGCUUAAGAAACAUUCACAGAGUUGAAAGAAAUCAACGUGAAGAUCGAGGAAGAGAUGGAGGAUCAGCGCAGACUGAUGGAUUUUACUCGGAUACCGAAGAUCAUCUUACACCGGAUAGAUCUCCCACAAUGUUGUGUGUUUAAAGAGGAGGAGGUUCUCAAUGAAACAGAACCACAGAGGAACCAACUCAUCUCUCAUGACUCUCCAGAAACUGAGAACCAGGAUCAGGAAGGAAGCAAUUCUGAAAACCCAGGAAAAAAGAGAAAGGAAGAAAAGAAACAAAAGGAGAAAUAUGAGAAAACCAAAGAGCAGAAUGGAAGAACCGACAUUGAAAAACAAAAAAUGCACAAGAAAGCUCACGCAGGGAAAAAAUUAUAUUCUUGUAAAAUUUGUGAUAAAACAUUUUCUCAAAACGGUAACUUGAUGAAACACAUGAUAACUCACACUGGAGAAAAACAAUUCAGUUGUUCUACCUGUGGGAAAAGUUACAGACAAAAGACUGUUUUAGUUUAUCACAUGAAAAUUCACAGAGUCGAGAAGCUUUUCUCUUGUGGCUCCUGUGGAAAACGUUUCUCCCAAAAAGGUAUUUUAAAUCAACAUAUGAGAAUUCACACAGGUGAGAAGCCUUUCUCUUGUGGGUCAUGUGGAAAAAGUUUCUCUCAAAAAGGUCAUUUAAUUUAUCACAUGAGAAUUCACACAGGUGAGAAACCUUUCUCUUGUGGGUCAUGUGGAAAAAGUUUCUCUCAAAAAGGUCAUUUAAUUUAUCACAUGAGAAUUCACACAGGUGAGAAACCUUUCUCUUGUGGGAGGUGUGGAAAAAGUUUUUCUCAAAAAAAUAAUUUAAAUGGACAUAUGAGAAUUCACACAGGUAAAAAGCCUUUCUCUUGUGGGACGUGUGGAAAAAGUUUCUUCUACAAAGUUAAUUUAAAUGUUCAUAUGAGAAUUCACACAGGUAAGAAGCCUUUCUCUUGUGGGUUGUGUGGAAAAGGUUUCUCCCAAAAAGGUAAUUUAAAUGGACAUAUGAGAAUUCACACAGGUAAAAAGCCUUUCUCUUGUGGUUCGUGUGGACAGAGUUUCACCCACAAAUGCAGUUUAAAUGGACAUAUGAGGAUUCACACAGGUGAGAAGCCUUUCUCUUGUGGGACGUGUGGAAAAAGCUUCUCUCGAAAAGAUCAUUUAAAUAUUCAUAUGAGAAUUCACAAGGGUGAGAAGCCUUUCUCUUGUGGGACGUGUGGACAGAGUUUCACCCACAAAUGCAGUUUAAAUGGACAUAUGAGGAUUCACACAGGUGCGAAGCCUUUCUUUUGUGGGACGUGUGGAAAAAGCUUCUCUCACAAAGAUCAUUUAAAUGUUCAUAUGAGAAUUCACACAGGUGAGAAACCUUUCUCAUGUGGAACCUGUGGAAAAAGUUAUAGUGAAAAAGGGACUUUAACUCAUCACUUGAGAAUUCACACAGGUGAGAAGCCUUUCUCUUGUGGGUCGUGUGGAAAAAGUUACAGUGAAAAACGGACUUUAACUCUUCACAUGAGAAUUCACACGGGUGAGAAGCCUUUCUCUUGUGGGUCGUGUGGAAAAAGUUUCAGUGAAAAACGGACUUUAUCUAAUCACUUGAGAAUUCACACAGGUGAGAAGCCUUUCUCUUGUGGGUCGUGUGGAAAAAGUUACAGUGAAAAACGGACUUUAACUCUUCACAUGAGAAUUCACACGGGUGAGAAGCCUUUCUCUUGUGGGUCGUGUGGAAAAAGUUACAGUGAAAAACUGACUUUAACUCGUCACAUGAGAAUUCACACGGGUGAGAAGCCUUUCUCUUGUGGGUCGUGUGGAAAAAGUUACAGUGAAAAACUGACUUUAACUCGUCACAUGAGAAUUCACACGGGUGAGAAGCCUUUCUCUUGUGGGACCUGUGGAAAAAGUUUUGCCCAGAAAUCAACUUUAAAUCGUCAUAUGACAAUUCACACAGGUAAGAAGCCUUUCUAUUGUGGGACCUGUGGAAAAAGUUUCACCAAUAAGUCAUCUUUAAAUGGUCAUAUGACAAUUCACACAGUUGAGAAACCUUUCUCGUGUGGUAGUUGUGGAAAAGGUUUCAGUUACAGAAGUAAUUUAUCUCGUCACAUGAAGACUCACUCUGAUGAGAAGCCAUAGGUCCAAAACAGAUCCUAUCCAAUUUGGCAUCUGAUCUUAUGGAAAAUCUGGUUUGAUGAUGUAAACAGCAAGUAGAAAAUGUUAAAGUCAACAGAUUCUUGCAGGCUGCUAGUGAUUCACUGUGACUGUGUCUUUCACUGUCUGACCAAGAUCAACCUGAGGUCUACUUUUACCUACCAGAUUGUUUUCCUUAAUCCAGUUUGUUGUUUUAAUUUGCAGUCGUAUUUGUACUUAAAAUCCCAUCAGUAUCCCAUUAGAUACUGAAGUUAAAGAGAGGAACACAUUCAGAAAGGAUUCAUUUCUGUGCAUUUCAGUUUUCAUGGAGUUCUGUACCAUGUGGAAUAAUUGAGUUUAUCUUUUACAUUUUUGACGUUUCUGUGUAUGACUGUAUGUAAAAUACUGUAGAAAUGGAAGCAGUGAAAUGUUCUUGUUUUUCCAUAAAUUAAACUCUAUAAUGUUUGAAAAAAUUCUAAAAAAUAAUUUUGAUCUGGUCAGAUUUUGAUUUAGAGCUAACCAGAGAGAGGAUUUUAUUUUCCUAAAUUUUUGUCAUUGUUAUACUUUGAUAUGAGAAGCAAAGUAUAUUAUUAAAAAGUUAUGUUUAAAUCUUCACUAGUAUUUUGAGCAGAAUAUGUUUUUUAGUAAAUGUUGAUUUGAAUGAAUAUUGAUGGAUUAUUCAGUGAUUGUCAUCGUCAUUAACUGUUGCCAUAUUUUUAAAUGUCAGCUUUAAGUAAAGCAUCUAAAGAUCCUUGCAAUAACAAUAAAACAUGAAUUUUUACACAAAUUGAAUUUUUCAUUUC